GCGGCGGCGCGAUGAACCGGAGAGCUGGAUGGCCGAGAAGAUCCUCCACCACCACCACCACCACCACCGCCACCUCCAUUCCCUCCUCACCACCUCCACCGCCGCCGCAUUCCUCACGCUCGUCUUCGUUACCGCCCUUCUACUCUGCGCUCUCUACUCGGAUUCUCCCUCCUCCACCCCGGCUUUCAUCCUCCGGAGCCUCUCGGGCGCCGCCGCCGCCGUCUCCUCCACGCUCUCCGGCCAAAGCUCCCGCCUUUCGCCUCCGCUAGUCCAAUCUCCAUCGCCAUCUCCAUCUCCAUCUCCCUGCGAUCCAGAGAAAGCCCAGCGAUUGCGCGGCGAUCCAGAGAGGAGUACGAGAGGGCGAUGGAUCUACGACGAUUCCUAUCCACUCUACGAAUCCCGGUCGUGCCCAUUCAUCGACGAUGGGUUCCGGUGCUCCGAGAAUGGGCGCCCGGACCUCGGCUACCUCAAGUGGCGGUGGAGCAGCGCCGAGAACCUCCGCGCGCCGGAUCCGCGCGCCAUCCUCGACCGCCUCCGCGGCCAGCGCGUCGUCUUCGUCGGCGAUUCCAUCGGCCGCAACCAGUGGGAGUCGCUGCUGUGCAUCCUCGCGCAGGGCGUGGCCAACAAGUCGCGGAUCUUCGAGGAGAACGGCGAGGCCAUCACCAAGCACACGGGAUUCCUCUCGUUUCGGUUCCAGGACUACAACUGCACGCUCGAGUACUACCGAUCGCCCUUCCUGGUGCCGCAGGGCCGGCCACCGCCGGGCAGCCCCGCCAAGGUCCGAUCGGCGAUCCAUGUCGAUGUCUUGGACUGGACGUCGCCCAGGUGGAUUGGCGCGCGCAUCCUCGUCUUCAAUGCCGGGCACUGGUGGAAUUACGAGAAGACGCUGCGCGGGGGAUGCUACUUCGCCCAGCGCAACAGGGUGAACGUGACAAUGCCCGUGGGCGACGCGUACGCGCGCGCGAUCCACACAUGGGGCGAGUGGGUGCGCCAGCGGAUCGACACCAGCGCCACCGCCGUCUUCUUCCGAUCCUACUCCUCGGUCCACUUCCGGAAUGGGACAUGGAGGAGUGGCGGGCACUGCGAUCGCGAGACGAUGCCCGGCCAGGCGAGCGAUGGCGGGCAGCGGAGGGAGGAGGCGUGGACGACGCGCAUCGCCCGCGACACGAUUGCGAAGCUCCGCGGCGUGAGAUUGCUCGAUAUCGGGGAGAUGACCGAUUUGCGGAGGGACGGCCACCCAUCGCUGUGGUACCGGGGACCCAACGCUGGGCCGGCGGCGCGGAGCAAGCAGGACUGUAGCCACUGGUGCUUGCCGGGCGUCCCAGAUACUUGGAACUUGCUGCUACUUCACCAUCUCUGGCAAGAUCUCUGACCAUUCUUCCUUGUUUUCCUUUUCGAUCGCCGCCACCACUGCCUCGAUUCGCAAAGUGACCGAGCGGUUCCACCACACUGCCUCGAUUCUCCAGUGAUCGAGCGAUUCUUUUUUUCGGACGACUGUAUAUGACAAGAGUUCUUUCUCUGCACAGCAAUAAAGAAACCUUUAGCUUC